UGUGAGUCAUGGAUAUCUUCAAUAGAAGAAUGAGCAGAAUUCUCUGCGCUGCAAGCAUUCGAUAUCACAUCAAGAAUCGACAUCUCAUCCCAUCAACGGUUUAAUCUAAGAGAGAACACUUCGACUAAAGGUCCUGCCGCGGACGCCGACCAAGUUUGACCACCCGCCUCUGCUCCAAGGUUAGAUAUAAGUUCUUCACGUGCACUCGAAGUCAAACUCUCUUACCUACACUGCUUCAUCCGCUCAGACAUCACAUCAAUCCAGGCUUGCGUCGGUCGCAGGUUGUGAGGUCGUUACAAGCUAUUCACCAUGAAGAAGGGAAAAGGUGAAGAGAAGCAUGAUUACCAAAAGAGUGCACAGGCACCACCAGAUACGUUUGGCGAUAGCGAAGGGAUUAUUGCCAAUGGCAGCUGGCACGAAGCCGACAAUGCUUCACAUGCUUCAGAAGACUUCGAUUGGGAGAAGCCGCCAGCCUACGAGUUCCAUGGGUCUGGUCCAAACAUCGAGACGAGUGUUGUUACUCAAGGUAAAGAAAAGUUCUCUGUUCCAAGAUUUUGAUUUAGUCAAUAGGUUGGGGCACACUGUCCAUUACUGACUUUGACCUCUUUCCAGAUGAUGGGAGAGUUGCCAUAAAUUUCUUCGCCACUGAGAAGGUACCCAUUCCAAUUCCAGCAGAGCCGAAACCUUAUACCGCACCCAAUAUUGCUAACUCCAAAUCACCGUUUCUGAACAUCGUGAUUCAAAUCGUCGGUAGCAGAGGUGAGUUGUAUUGUUGUCUCUAUACUAAUUACAUAUCCGUGGCUAAAUCUUCAUAGGCGACAUUCAACCAUUCAUAGCUUUGGGAAGCGCAUUACGAACAUCAGGGCACCAUGUGAGAAUUGCAACCCACGAUGUUUUCCGAGAUUUUGUCAAAGCGACCGGCUUGGAGUUUUUUCCUAUUGGUGGAGACCCGGCAUCCCUUAUGGCCGUAGGUGAAGUUUGUCUAUGCCUCUCUUUUCUAUACUAAUAUUUCACAGUACAUGGUCAAAAAUCCAGGAAUAAUUCCAAAGUUCGAAACAAUAAUGAGCGGUGAGAUCUCAGAUAAACGCAAGAUGGUAUAUACUAUGCUUGACGGCUGCUGGAGAUCCUGCAUCGAGCCAGAUCCGGAAACAAAUAUACCGUUUGUUGCGGAAGCAAUAAUCGCCAACCCACCAAGUUUUGCCCAUGUGCAUUGUGCAGAAGCUUUGGGCAUUCCUCUACAUUUAAUGUUUACGAUGCCUUGGAGCCCUACAAGGUCAUUUCCUCAUCCUUUGGCCAAUAUUGAACGGUCAGAUGCGGAUUUACGGGCUACGAAUUACUUGUCCUAUGCGCUUGUUGAUAUCAUGACUUGGCAGGGGUAAGACACAUUUGCUAGGAACUGAUGUCGGAAGGUGUGCUAAUGAGCGUUUAGGCUUUCCGAUGUUAUAAACCUGUGGCGCAAAAAGUCACUGAGCCUCGAACGUAUACCAAUGGCAAUGGGCCCUCUACUUUGCGACACCCUUCAAAUUCCCUUCACCUACUGUUGGUCACCUGCAUUUGUCCCAAAGCCAGCUGAUUGGCCAAAUUAUAUUGGUAAGACACAUUCUAUCGUGCUAUUAAAAGACUAACGCAAUCAAGACGUGUGCGGUUUCUUCUUCAGAGAAGAACUAGAUUAUACCCCAGAUGCGGAAUUAGACAAUUUCUUGAGAAGUGGUCCACCGCCUGUAUAUAUUGGUUUUGGUAGCAUUGUUAUUGAUAGCCCAGAGAAGUUAACCAAUAUCCUGAUCGAAGCUGUUCAAGCUUGCGGGACAAGAGCAAUCAUCUCCCGUGGCUGGAGUAAGCUGGGUUCUGGCCUAAACGAGCAUGCCAACCCAGACAUUCUUUUUCUAGGCGAUUGCCCUCACGGUGAGAUUCAUAUGCGCCUUUUCAGGAUUGAAGGACUUGAACUGACGGCUCUCUUUAAGAAUGGCUGUUCAAGCACGUAUCUUGCGUUGUACAUCACGGUGGUGCUGGGACCACAGCAUGCGGUCUCCUCAACGGACGCCCAACAGCCAUUGUCCCAUUUUUUGGCGAGUAAGUUACAUUCUGUCCUUCAUGCGCCUCUAUAAUUCCCAGAUUCUUGUCGUCAAUGCUAUGGAAUGAUAUGCUAAGCUGAUAAUUGAUCCCGAUUAGCCAAGCAUUCUGGGGACAAAUGAUCGCCGCAGCAGGUGCAGGACCACUUCCUAUCCAUCACAAAUCCCUCAACCAAGGAAAUCUCACCCAAGCUAUUCAGUACUGUUUAACACCCGCAGCAAUGAGCGCAGCCGCCGAAAUUUCACAGAGAAUGAGACAAGAAAGUGGUGUUCAGAUGGCGGUACAAUCCUUCCACACAAAUCUCCCAGUAGAUACCCUCCGCUGCGAUAUUCUUUCCAAUCAAGCUGCUGUAUGGCAAUACAGUAGCAAGAGCAAAAAGGGACCAAAGAAGACAAUCAAACUAUCCGAUGAAGCUGCUUUCAUACUUGUAGAGCACAAGAAGAUUGACCCAAAGUUUUUGAAGCUGUAUGCCUGAUCUUCCUCACGAAUUAAUCCCAUCCUAAUUAAGCUCACGCUCUAAUCAAACACAAGCUACCAACCCAAACCAAUCUCGAUCAAAAAUCUCCGCUGGGAUCCAGUAUCAGCCGGAACCCAGGUUCUUCUCAGCACUAUGACUGAUUUCACCGUCGGCUUCAGCAAGAUCUUCACCGGGCCUGCGAAGGCAUUUCAAAGCAAAGAGAACGGCGGAGGCGGUAGAGAAGCAGCGAAGACUUUCGGAAAGGGGUUUGGAAAGAUGGUGGGUGUUCUUCCGAAAGCUACACUGGUAGAUUUCCCUUUAGCUUUGACGGAGGGUCUUCAUCAUAUGCCUAGGUUAUAUGGUGAUGAGGUAAGGGAUCAUGGCAAGGUUAAGGAUUGGAAAAGUGGUGGUGUUGUAGCUGGAAAGGUAGUUCUGAUUCUUCUUCUUUAAUUCCCUUGGUAUAGUGCUUGACUCUUUGGAGCUAACAAUUUCUUUGCAGAAUUUCGGCUACGGAUUCAUGGACGGCCUGUCUGGCACAAUUACCAAGCCCUACAAAGGCGCCAAAGAAGGCGGCUGGGCCGGUUUCGGAAAAGGAGUAGCGAAAGGCGCAAUGGGGUUAGUUACUGGGCCUGGAUCUGGCAUGUUUGGUCUCUUUGCGUAUUCCUUUCUAGGAAUGUAUAAAUCCAUUGCUGCCUCUUCGCUGUCGCCGACUGAAAGGAAGAUUAUAUUGGCGAGACAAGUGUAUGGGAGUUAUAUGGCGAGGGAGAGAGAUGGAGAGGAAGAGGGAGGGAGGGGCGAUGAGGGGGAGGGAGGGUGCUGGCGGGGUGGGAGAGAUUGAAAGUUAGUGAGUGAGUUUGAGAUUGUAGGAAAAGAGCAGGAAACUGGGAGAAUGGGAACUUGCUGUACUUGUGUAAGCAGCUCUUAGUGGGCUUGCGACUGUAGUAGUCAAUGGAGUAUAGAAUGUCGAAUCCCGAGUCGCUGGCCAUGAAGUAUUAAUAGCUAAGUGUGCUGUUUUGCUGGGGUAUGAUAUAGCUGCUGUUGGC